CACAUUAAUAUUAAAUUUUUUAACAAAAUGAAACUCUAAUCAAAAUGAGAAGGCACCAAUUAAUGCCCAUCAAUCUGUACUUCCAUUCUAACAAGAGGGAAUGGCGCGCUCGCUACAUGGACAAUGGAAUCAAGAAAGCGAAGCAUUUCUCUUGCAAGAGAUAUGGAGAGAAACGUUCCUUCUUUCUAGCCUCAUUGUUCAUGAGAGCACUAGCGGAAUCUCAUGAGGUGCCAUCGGAAGACUUCAUCAACUACUGGGCUGCGAUAACAGAUGGCUUCGGUGCGUUCAAAGACCCGUCUUCGGAUUCACCGGAUACCGUACAAACGUCAUCUCUAGAUUCUUCAUUGCUAGAUCAGGCAAAAAUCAAGGACGUACGCUUUAGCUGUCACCUCAGCUCCAGACAAAACAUUAACAACUUAGCUGAUACAUUGGCGGAAUAUAAAUUAGUGCAUCACGUUGAUGGUGACUAUACCACCUCAACUCCUUGCCUGAUUCGCGAGGAUUCAUCUGUGGAUUUAAACUCGGACACAUCACGGGAUGACUCCGAUCAGAAUUCUGAAGCAAGUGUAUCUUCUAAGGAAGAAUCCGCCAUUGACCAGUUAUAUGAUAACCCUAGGGUAAGGUCAUCUAUAUUUUUUGAUGGAGAUUAUGGCUCAUUCAUGGAAAAGCAAAAGUUGUUAUUCCGUGUAAUCGAAGAUCUCAACACAUCUUUCUUUGUAUCCAAACCAUCCGUCGACUUUGUUCCCACUGUCGAUCUGGAAUCGAUAGAAAGGGACUACAUAGUAAUCGAUCAAAAGAUUCUAGGUUCUAGGGAUGCAGAUAAUAGCGAAUCGCACAACACGAGACCACGGUCGUUAGGCGUAAACAACAUACCAUCCAAACGGGUAUGUUCCAGUUUAAUGGAUAGGAAAAUGCCUCGGCCGCGGGAUUACAAUUUGGAUCGAGUGUUGAAAAGGUGUGCUGAAUGCGGGCCGGACAUCAUCCUGACGAAAAACAAACAUCUGCAAAAACUGGUCUCCAUCCUUAGCGGAAGCAACCCAGUAGAAGUGUAUUCCAAUGAAGUUAUUGAUGGAAUAUAUACGGUUAACAGACUUUGUGCAAAGACUCAAAGCGAUUUUGGACCUAGGUCAUUCUAUUCGCCAUCACUACGCCACCCAAUCGACUCGUUUGUUGAAAACGACUCAGACACUAUAAAUGGCGUGGAUAAAAGUGUCUACUUGGAUAAUACCCUUUAUAGCUAUAAGAAUGCUUUUAUGAUGCCGCGCAAUGUCGCGGGAUAUCUAACCAAACAAAAGGAAGAUCUAUUUAACUCCGCUGAUGGAGAUGAAGCGACAAUGGCAAAAAUGCCAAGGAUGUCUAACAGUAAGCUUGCAAACUUUGUAGAAUCGCUAUGCGGAGUGGAUUUUGACCAAAAGAUUAUAGAGAAUUCGAUUAAUCAAAACGCCAAAGAAUGCUGUGAUCUGCGUUCUCUGAUACAACUGUGUCAACGUGAGCCAGACGUUGGAGAUGAAAAGGAUCUGGGACGUAACAAUGAAAGCACACGUGUUCCGAAUGAAUAUUUUACAAGUACUGCUAACCAUGUAGGUCAAAUCGAGGGUUUUGACACCACUCACGUGACUUACUACAAGAACAGGGUAGUCCCAAUCAAUGCAGUGGACAAUUACACCAGCAAUACUGCUUACGAGUACAACAAAGGCGAUGUGGUACGUAUGGAGGGGGCUGGUCUGUUAGACCUCAGCACAGAUACUUUCACCGCGUUUGACGGCCGCAGACAAAACAUGAACCACUACCUGGAGGCCAUAGAUGCACUAGAAAAGCGUAUACGGGACAUUCAGGAGCGCUCGGAGAAGAUGCAACGGGCGCUACACCUUUACUCUCAACAGCCAAGAACCGAGGACGUCAAUGACUUGCAAGAGAUGCUAAGCCUAGAGACUCUGUUGUUCGUAUGCGACACGUUGAUGGAGACGAAACGCAGAUUGCACGAGGAACUGCGCAGGAAAGUUCAAGAUGAACUUGACAUGAUCAACCACAUUCUCCCCGAGCCGCUGGCCGACUCCCUAACACGAAUACUAUACCCUAAUAUGGCUUCUUGA